UUUCAGAGAUAUGACUGACAUACUUCGGCUGGUGUCAGAAAUGGACGGACGGACUUUAUCUACUCUCUCCCAGCACUCUGAAAAAGAUAUUAACUGUAUUUGGGGUGAUGUUUCCGCCUACAUUGAACGUCAUAUGGCCUUACAGAAGGGAGUUCACCUGGCAGGACUUGGCACCUUCACCUUCUCUCAGCAGAAGUUGGACAUAGGGAACAAGUUCACAAUGAUCCAAAGACCCAUCUUCCUCCUGGCUGGCAAACUAGUCCAGUCUCUUGGUUUAAAGCAGACCAGGCCACUGGCUGCAGCAACACAUCUACCAGUGGUGCAACUGAACUUUGCAGCUGUGUCACAAGAGACUCCUUUCAGUCGAGACAUGGUGGAGGGCUGCGUUAGAGAAACUCUUCUUCUCCUCUUCAGAUUGUUGGCCUCUGAAAAAAACAUAUUCCUCACUUUCCAGGGAAUUGGAGUUUUGUCCUUCAGAAACAACAAGGUGAGAAUGAAGUUCAACAGAGAUUUUAUUAAUGCCAUGGAUGGAACUGGUCGGCUGCUGUUAGCCUUUGACAAUAGACCUGGGAGCAGUGUCUCUUUACUGUCCGGUGGCCUGUCUAGGCUCCAGAUGCCACAGUCUGCCAACCCCGUCACCAUGCCAACCGUCUGCUCUCCUGAGCCAGAGAAAAGGGCUGCUGACAAAGCUCAAGACCAAAGAAAUGCAGGAGAAGUUCCCCAACAGGGAGAAUCUAAAUCCCAUCAGCCACUGCAGCCUGCCAAGAUGAAAGCUGUCAGCCUGCCUGAAGAACUGAAUCCACAACCCCCCAUGGAGGCCACAGACAAGCCCACCGUGUCCGUCACACCACGAGAUGUCGCUCGCAAACUGGAGGACCCUGGUGUGACUGGUAACUGCUUUGGACACGCUCGUGCUGGACAGGAGCUGUGCUACCUGUGCAUGCAGCGGGCCCAAAUAAAUGUUCCAGUGUACCUGAGGGAGCAGCGGCAGGCAGAAGAGAAAGAUCAGGAGAAGCUCUUACUGCUGAAAGAACAACAGAGAGACAGGCAGCACAUGCACCAAGAACAGGAGAAGCUGAAUGAGCAACGUGAGCAUGCAAAGCAGGUUGCUACAUUCAACCUGCAAAUGUCUGAAAAGAAAGAGAAGAAUUUCUGUCCUCUCUUCCCUACUUCAUUCGUCUUCCCGACACGGCCCUUCACUCCGGCGCCGAGGAUCCAGCAGCAUCGCUACAUGAACGAGCUUCAGGGUCAGAUAGAGACUCGCCAGCAACAGGAGGCCCGAGAUCAGCAGAACCGUUGUCUCCUGGAACAUCUGGAUCAGGUCCAUUUGUACCAGGAGAUGACUUCGCAGAAGGCUCAGCAGCUUCAGCGGAAACAUGAGAGAACUACUAUUUACAAAAGGGCCCUGGACACUCAGGUCAGAGAUAGGAAGAGCACAGACCCUCCAGAGUGCCAGGCUGACAACUCCGGGUUCAACCGCUGUGAGACGGCCACCAGCAACGCAGAGGGCCGAGAGAGGGCACAGAAGCACUUCCGGAUCAAUUUCAGUACCGCCACUCAGCGGAAGAAGGAAGAACUGCACAACCACCAAGAACAGCUGCAGAAAGAGCGAGAAGUUCUCAAACACAACAAAAUGGAGCUAAUAUUGGACCACAUUAAUCGCUUUGAGAAGAGGCGAGACAUCAGUAAGUCACUGGGGGACGAGUGGAGUCGCAACGCAAAGCUGAAACACCAGCGAGAGGAAGAGGACAGGCGCUUCCUGAGGUCUGCUGGUCGGCUCCUGGUAGAUAAGCUUGCAGAGUACAAGUGCUGCUGCCAGUGUAAGAGGAGGACAACCAACUGCGGAGAGACAAACAUCUGGAAAGACUCUCAUUACCUCUCCGGCUCACAGUUCAUGAUCUGAUGAACAGCAGCAUGUGAACAUCAAGACCUCACAAACCUCAACACUUGUAACUCAUCAUGUGACUGUUACUAAAACAUUUUUUUUUUAAUUAGAUUAGGUAGAUAAAUAAUAAGUGAAGUGUGAAGCUGAAGCAUACUUGGCUGUUUUGGUGUGCAGUAUGCAGUAUUGUGUGUGUUAUUGUGAGAUUUAUUCCUUCUCUUCUCCUUCAUUAGUCUUGGGAGUUCAUGCGUGUACUAUGGUUGUUGUUGUUUUUUUGGUAUUCAGUUCAGGUCAAAGAUUUGUAAUCAUUGAACAAAUAGCUAGUAAAAAUGUUCCCCAAGUUGUUCAAAUGCACAUCAGUAACACUGCAAUAUUGAGGACUAACUUUGACUGCAUUAAAGUGGACCUAUCAUGCUAUAUUUGAAUAAUAUAGUGUAGGACCAUAC